UGUCAUAUGUUCAAUCAUAUAUUACCCCAAGACACUUGUCCAUAACGAGGGGAAGAAAACAUCUAAAAAACUUAACAGUCACGGGCAAAUCAGAUCAGAUUUUUUGGCAUAAUACUUUCCUAGAACAUAAACAAUUUGCUAGCAGCACAAGUUCAGUUAGAACAUAAACAAUUUGCUAGCAGCACAAGUUGUAUCUCAGAUCAAGAUGGUCGUGUAAAAGGCUAAUUCAUUUCAUACCCAAAAUUAAUCUUUGUGAGAGCAAGCAGCACUUGAGGGUCCUGCUUGGUCUGCGUGUACGCGUCAAUCUUGUUCAUUCCCUAUCAUACAUCAUUCUACGUCAUGAGAUAAAUCGUUAGAUUAAAGAUAAGAACAUGCAGUGAAAACUACCUCAAUGAAUUUCUGUAUAUGAACUCUCCCUUGGGUGAUAUCACAAUUCUUUACUCUAGCAAAAAAUAUCUAGAAACCUUCGAUGAAUGGUGUGUUUGCAAUGUCCAGCAAUUUCGUCGGCCUGCCAUGCGUUCUGCAAUCGAGGAACUCUUUCCCCCAGUCAAGAAUGGAGAAGGUAUAGCUAGCCAGUUUAUUCUUUAGAUUCGCGGUAGCUUGCCCACCUUCUUUGCAUCUCAUUCACUUGUGUGGUCACUGCUGUAGCUGCUCAAGGCGAUACUAGAGAAAAAGACACCCACAAAAUCCCAGCACGAUGGCAACAAGGAGGCACCAGCUGGACUGGAAGCUAUACGAGAAAGAUAUCAACGAAUGCCUUGAAAAUGCGCUGCGUGACCUUGAUGACGAUGGCGCAAAGUGGGUCAAAACCGAUUCAUAUUGUCAGUACUAUAAAUCGGUAGCGAAAUUGCAUGUCGAAUCUCCCAAAUACUCCAGAUAACAUAUGGAAUCCACCACCAUCCCGAAUAUCCCAAAUACUUCAGAUCAAAGAAGAGCAAGAACCAAAUCAAGAACCCUAACACGAUAUAAGAGACAGGGAGGAUAAAGAUUGCCAACGAGAAAGUGUCCGUCAGAGGAGAUUGACGCCGGAGUGAAGCAUCUCGUGUCCUUGACACCGUCGCGGCCACAGUCGCCACAGCCGCCGCUUGCCCUUCGCGCGCGUCGCCCCGUGGCUCCUUCACGUGCGCUCGACGAGAAUGUUUUCAUCCAGUAGAGGUCGGGCGUGGUUACCUGGCGAGGGUGACGAGGAAAGGCAGGGUUCGUCCGGGAUGCAGCCCACACGUGAAUUAAUCGAACACAUAUUUUCUUGUGACCGGGUUUCAAUCCAUAUAGGAGCGAUCCACGGGGAUCUGGCCAUGAUCCGGACCGGGAACAAGCUCACCGAACAUGGCCUAAUGUGUAAUGACCCACACCACACUCGAUCACUUUUGAGCUAGCUAGGCCGGCGCCCGCGUGCACGCUACGCUGGCCGCUCCUCGAUCCAUCGGUCCAUCACCAAUGCACGUGACGCUCGCGCGCGCGUUGACUUUCACGCAACGCUAGCGGUAGCGGUAGCGUUAGCUGGUGCCGAAUCGCCAACGCCAACCGUCGUCGUCGGCCCUGCGCACGGGCGCGCGCCGUCCGCCGUCCACCUCUGCCCGCUAGCUGCGCUAAUAAUAAGGCCGGCAGCACUGCUGAUUUCUCGUGAACUCGUGAGACACGGCACGAGCACGACGCUAUAAAUGCCGACCGCCGCCUGCUCCGUUUCCCGUGGACAGGCACAAGCAACCAGAGCCAGAGCUCGACGAGCCGCCCUCCAGUCGGCCGGCCGUCCGGCGAUAUAUCUCCCCGACCGUCGUGCCUGUGCGAGAGUUGACACCUAUAUAUAGAGGCAUGGAGACGGUGGCGGCGAGUUACGGCGGCGGCGGCGAAAAGAGGGAGCUGCAGCAGCAGAACAAGCAGGCGGGCGGGUGCGGGCACCACCACCACUUCCAGAUGCCGUUGCACUACCCGAGGUACAGGCGGGAGGACUACGAGGGCAUGCCCGAGUGGCAGCUCGACCGCCUCCUCUCCGAGUACGGCCUGCCCGUCGCCGGCGGCUCCGUCCAGCAGAAGCGCGCCUUCGCCAUGGGCGCCUUCCUCUGGGACGCCGGCGACAACUAAUGUCUAAUUAACAUGUAGCAGCAGUCAGCAGAGUUAAAAGUACGAGCUAGUUAGCAUGUAUGUAUAUGAACCAAUGCUGUAUAUCUAGUACAGUACGUCUCUGUAUAUGUAUGUAUGUACGCGGCUGGCUUAUUGCCUUGAAAAAUAAUCGGAUAUUUGCAUAUUGGUUAUA